AUGGAAGAUGCCAAAGAAGAAAAAAAAGAUGCUGCCGCUCCACGCGCCAAACUUGAAUUAGAAGCACGUCAAUACUUGAUUGAUCAAACACAGCCUGUAAAGAUACCAGAAUAUACAUCUUGGUUUGACAUGAAGACUAUUCAUAACAUUGAACGUGUGUCUCUACCUGAAUUCUUUACAGGCGCCAAUCCAUCAAAGACAUCAUUAAUUUAUCAGGAUUAUCGUGAUUUCAUGAUCAACACGUAUCGACUCAAUCCUAAAGAAUAUCUAGCUGUUACCGCCUGUAGACGUAACCUGGCUGGGGAUGUAUGCGCUAUUAUGCGUGUUCAUGCCUUUUUAGAGCAAUGGGGAUUGAUCAAUUAUGAAUGUGAUCCCUCUACAUGGCCUUCUACUGUGGGUCCUCCUUUUACAGGUCACUUCAGAGUGACAGCGGAUACACCACGCGGACUUGUACCCUUCAAACCUAAUAUCAAACCUGUGGCCAACAACACUUCGCUUAAAUCAACCACACUCAAUGUCGAAUUACGGCAAAAAGUAUUUGAGACCAGUGCUGCCAAAGAUGCCAAAAAGUUCAGCUGUACAACGUGUGGUGCUGAUUGUUCGCGUGAACGCUAUCACAGCAUCAAGACCAAAGAUAUGGAUUUAUGUCCCCUUUGUUAUAAAGAUGGACGGUUCCCUAUCACCAGUUUCAGUAGUGACUUUAUUCGUUAUGAAGCAGCACCUUAUAAACAUGGCCUUGAAGAAGAUGCACCAUGGUCAGAUGAAGAAAUACUCUUGUUAUUAGAAGCCAUUGAACUAUAUGAUGAUGACUGGAAUACGAUUGCUGAUUAUGUAGGCACAAAAACGCGCGAACAGUGUAUUUUUCACUUUUUACAAAUGCCUAUUGAUGAACCUUAUCGUGAAAAAGAAGAGCAGGUCAACCCUGUUUUGAAUCAUCAACGUACACCCUUUUCGCAAGCAGAUAACCCUGUCAUGUCUAUCCUUGCCUUUUUGGCUUCUACUGUGGAUCCCAAAGUGGCUUCUACUGCAGCAGAGGCUGCUAUCGCUUGCCAAGAACAACAAGAAGUAGAUCAAGAUGAGAGAGAGGCUAAAAGACCUCGAACAGCUAUUGAAAAGGCUGCUUCUGUAGCAUUAGGCUCUGCUGCUGCCAAAGCGAGAUCUUUAUCGAACAUUGAAAAGCGUGAAAUAAAGCGACUUGUUCACUCAGUAGUGGAUGCACAAGUCAAGAAACUCGAACUCAAAAUGAGCCAUUUUGAAGAACUAGAAGCUGUCUUGGACCAUGAAUUGGAAUCGAUUGCUCAACAACGUAAAGAUAUUUUUGCCUAUCGCUUGGCCGUUAAGAAGACUGAGGCUUUAUUACAACAAGAAAUUCAAAAGCGUGGAGGCAUAGAUAAAGCUGUAGAAGAUGGAUGGACACCUCAACAAUUACAACAGUUUGUUCAAUCAACACUUUUUAAGGAAGACUAUCGUUUAAUGGAUACGUCAAAUUUGAAUGAAUCUACUUUGACUCAUCCUUCUUCUGCUAUGGAAGAAGGAAAUGAAAAUGUGGCUAUCUUGACGUUAUAA